UGAUGAUUAGAGAAUAACCAGAGUAACACGUUGCAAAUUCUUCAUAAUCAAGGAGAACUUUUCCGGGUGGUGAUCUCUGAAAUUGCUCAGUGAGCAUCCCUAAUUAACCUGAUUUUUUGCUGAUAAUCACUGUCAAUGGAAUCAAAUCAAAAAUCCGGGGAUGGAUUGAGCGGCACACAGAAAGAAGCAGCCCUGCGUGCACUCAUUCAGCGUACAGGAUAUAGCUUGGUCCAGGAAAAUGGACAGAGGAAAUAUGGUGGUCCUCCCCCAGGUUGGGAGGCUGCUGCCCCAGAGAGGGGCUGUGAAAUUUUUGUGGGAAAAUUACCCCGAGAUCUUUUUGAAGAUGAACUUAUACCAUUAUGUGAAAAAAUUGGUAAAAUCUACGAAAUGAGGAUGAUGAUGGACUUCAAUGGCAACAAUCGGGGUUAUGCCUUCGUAACAUUCUCUAAUAAACAGGAGGCCAAGAAUGCAAUUAAGCAACUGAAUAAUUAUGAAAUCAGGAAUGGGCGUCUCCUAGGAGUCUGUGCCAGUGUGGACAACUGCCGCUUGUUCGUCGGAGGGAUCCCCAAAACCAAAAAGAGAGAAGAAAUCUUAGCUGAGAUGAGAAAAGUCACCGAAGGGGUUGUAGAGGUCAUCGUCUAUCCUAGUGCUGCGGAUAAAACAAAAAACCGGGGUUUCGCCUUUGUGGAAUAUGAAAGUCAUCGAGCUGCAGCGAUGGCCAGGAGAAAACUGCUCCCAGGAAGGAUUCAGUUAUGGGGACAUCCAAUUGCGGUAGACUGGGCUGAGCCAGAAGUUGAAGUUGACGAAGACACGAUGUCAUCGGUGAAAAUCCUGUAUGUGCGAAAUCUCAUGCUAUCAACUUCUGAAGAGACAAUUGAAAGAGAAUUCAACAAUAUUAAACCAGGUGCCGUGGAAAGGGUGAAGAAGAUCAGAGACUAUGCUUUCGUCCAUUUCAAUAACCGCGAGGAUGCAGUAGGUGCUAUGAAAGCUUUAAAUGGAAAGGUACUGGAUGGAUCCCCUAUUGAAGUGACAUUAGCCAAACCAGUGGACAAGGAUAGCUAUGUGCGAUACACCCGAGGCACUGGGGGUCGGGGCACCUCCUUGCCCGGAGAGUACACCUACACGUUUGGGCACGUUUAUGACCCUGCCACCGCCUACCUCGGCGCACCCGUCUUCUACGCCCCACAAGCAUAUGCAGCCAUCCCCAACCUCCACUUCCCGACCACCAAGGGCCCCCCAAGCAACAGAGGAAUCAUCCGCGCUCCCUCCAUUCGAGAAAUUUACAUGAAUGUACCUGUAGGGGCUGCGGGAGUUAGAGGACUGGGAGGCCGUGGAUAUUUGGCGUAUACGGGCCUGGGUCGUGGAUACCAGGUUAAAGGAGACAAGAGAGGAGAAGACAAACUCUUCGAUAUUUUGCCGGGAAUGGAGCUGACGCCAAUGAAUCCCAUCACUUUGAAACCCCAAGGAAUUAAACUUGCACCUCAAAUAUUAGAAGAACUUUGCCAGAAGAAUAACUGGGGACAGCCUGUCUACCAGCUCCACUCUGCCAUUGGCCAAGAUCAGAGACAACUCUUCCUGUACAAAGUAACCAUCCCUGUUCUUGCCAACCAGAACCCCACUCUACAUCCCUUCACCCCUCCAAAACUCAGUGCCUAUGUUGACGAAGCCAAGACAUAUGCCGCUGAGUACACACUUCAGACCUUGGGCAUUCCAACUGAUGGAGGAGAAGCUCCGACCGCAGCUGCUGCUGCUUUUCCAGGAUACACCAUUGCGAAUGCAGCUGCAGCGAUGACAGCAGUUCAGUUGAAACAAGCUGUGUCUCUGGGGCAAGAUCUAGCAGCAUACGCCACUUAUGAAGGAUAUCCUGCAUUUGCUAUGACCACUCGUGGGGAUGGCUAUGGAACCUUUUAAAGAUCUAUAUUCAUUUAAAAGUAAAACAAAAGAAAAACAGAGUAGGGGGGAAAAAAGCAGAACUUAUUCUUCUAAUUAUCACAAACAAUUCUAAUGCAAUGCAAUCUAUUUCCUAAAACAUUAUACUUCAAGGCCAAUAAUUGAAAUAUAUUAGUAGAACUUAUUAUUCUUGAUGUAAAUCAAAGAGUAUUUCCUUAUAUGUAUAACGUGAAGUAACUUUUUCCCUUCAAAAAGUUCUAAAAAGUU